AUGAUUUCUGCACAAACUCAAUUAGCACUGGUGGGCGUAUCUAGCAGCCUUUUUCUGGCAUACUGUGUAUAUUUUGACAGAAAGAGACGGAGCGCUCCCGACUUCAGAGCGAAGCUGAAAGCGAAGCGUGAAAAACAACGGCAAGAACUAGAACGAAAGAAUGCAACCCAGUACCCUGAUCUGAGAGAUGAGGCUGCUAUGCAAAGAUUUUUCUUAGAGGAAAUUCAACAAGGAGAGGAGCUUUUAAUGCGGGGAGAAAUUGAACAAGCUGUGGUUCAUUUAGCCAAUGCAGUUGUAGCGAGCGGUCAGCCGAAUCAAAUUUUGAACCUUUUAAAGCACAGCUUACCCCCUGAGGUUUUAAAAGCGGUGGCUGAAAAGUACCCGUCAGUUGCACGUGAUAUGAUGAAAGCAUCAGGAGUGCCGGUCAUUGGCAUGCAAGCUCCAUCGUCUGCAAGGCCGGCGACGGCUAAGCCGAAAGCUGUAUUGCAAGAUGACGAUGACCUCGAAUAA